GCUCAGGGCUGAGUCCAGAGCUCUGCAGUGUGACUGGGCGAUGUGACUUUUCACACCAGCCCUCCAGGUGCACACCAGCCCCCCAGCAAGGCAAGGACUGGAUAAAGGCGCCUCCCCAACCCCGCAGAUCGGCCUCAGAUCCCCCCACCUUACCCGGGUCUUUGCCACACCUCGGCCUCCCUCUCCUCUGGCUUCCCCGGGGACGCCAAGGAAUCUACCCUCUUCCUUCUAUCUUACCGCCCCCCACCCCAACCCCGUCCUUCUCCCGCGUUUUACCAUCCCUCCCUCCUAAUCUCCCCGAUCCCAUCCUGGGAAGAGAACGCUUGGUGGACUCUUCAAUUGCAGCCCCGGCGUGGUGGUAGUGGGGGAUUUCUCCCGCACGCGCCUUCCGUGCGCCCCCCCACCUACAGCAGCACCCUCCCCCCCCCCUCCACCAGUGUCCUCCCAGAGCCUCCCAGUGGCCAGAACCAUGGCGGCUGGAGGCAGCCAAGGGUCCCAGGCGUCCACCUUCGUCCGGUGCCUCGGCGGCGCCCUGCUGCUACUGCUGAGCCUCCGGUGCCUGUCGGUGAGGGCUGACGGGAAACUCUUUGCUUUGGAAUCUUGGAAUGGCUCUCAGGGCCUGGAUCUGGCUGUGGCUCGGGCUUCCUGUGCGGCCUCUGGUGCUCACCUGGCCACGGCAGCAGAGCUGCGUCGGGCAGUGCUGGAAUGUUCCUUUGCCACGUGCACCACGGGCUGGCUGGCAGAUGGCACUGUCGGGACGACGGUGUGCGGCAAGAUGAGUGGGGAGCAGCAGAGUAUGAAAGCCGUGGAUGUGAAAAUUGAAAGUGAGCUGAUUCCCGGCAGCAAAUACGAUGCCCUUUGUGUCAAAGAUGAAGAUAAACCAUGUGGGGAUCCCCCUUCUUUCCCUCACACGAUCCUACAUGGCCACACUGGAUUUGAGAUGGGAGAUGAGCUGCUGUAUGUCUGUGCCCAGGGCUACAUCAUGGGUCACAAAGAGACUGCCUUCACCUUGCUUUGUGACAGCUGUGGGGAGUGGUAUGGACUGGUACAGGCCUGUGUGAAAGAUGAAGCUGAGACACAUAUUGACUAUGAAGAGAAUUUCCCUGAUGACAGAUCAGUGCCGAUGACAGAUCACAAGAAGGAUCAGAGCAAGGAGGAAGAGAAGGAGACCGGGGACCAGGAAGUAGCCUCUGACAAACUCAAACAGAGUUAUUCCAUCUCUGUUUCUCUAGAGAGAGAAAGCGUGGCUGGAAACAAAGACAUUGAGAUGAGGGGCCUACCGGGAGGAGAAGGCAGAUACCCCACAGAAUCUCCGGUCUCCUCGCUGAGCCAGAAACAUUUAUUUUGGUUUCCAGCUGAGGCUUUUCAAGAGCCAGAGUCAGAGAAGGAGAUGCUAGAGGAGGAUGUGCAGGGGCAUUUUUCUGAUGGAGAUAACCAUAUUGGAGUAAAAUCAAGACUCCACGAGUCAGGUGCCAAAAUGAUCUAUGACAGUGCUGACUUCCCCAUUGGACCAACCCUAGGCAAGAAUGACACCAAAGCUGGGGAGCACCUUGUGAGCAGCAGUGAUGAGUCCUGGCUAGAUGGCUAUCCUGUAACUGAUGGGACGAGGGGGGAAGAAGAAGAUGAUGAAGGGGACAAGGGGGAUGGGUCAGUGGGUCUGGAUGAAAGUAUUCUGGUUAUGACGGACCAGCCUAACCAUGUAGAAGUGAAAAAGUCCAGCAGCACCAUGUUCACUAUAAGUGAAGAUAUAACCCGGUUGACUGUCACUCUGAUGAGAACGUUGGACUAUGGACCAGUGACCUUCACACCUACUACUGCUCCUGAGAAUGUGAGUCCCAGCAAAGGAGUGAGUGACAUGGUCACAUAUCAGUCCACUGUGCCGUGGGGAUUUGCAACAGAUGAAUCUCCAAUGUCUACCUUACUCUAUGACCUGACCAACUCGACCCCAGGGACGAUGACGAUAGCAGAUCCCCAGCCCCUUGACCACAUCCCAUCACCCAGAGAUGUUGAGAGAGAUGCCACCACUCUUCCUCCUGCCCAGACCACCAUGCUCAGCACCCGUAGUAGCUUCCCAGACUCGCCCUCUGAGAGAUUCAUGGAACAGGAGCUUCCCACCUCAGGCAUAAAAGAAGAGCCUCUUCCAACCACCGAGUCCUGUGUAGGGGAGGAUUGCUCAAGCAUCAGCAAAGGCCCCGUGAUUGCUGUCAUAGUCAUUGUCCUGUGUUUGUUGCUGCUGCUGGUGGUCAUCAGCGCUGUGUGGUGCUACAGAAGACGACAGCAGAAGAGCUCUGUGUAUAAGCUGAACGGCAAAGGUCAGAUGCGUCACUAUCACCAGCAGAUUGAGAUGCAGAAGGUCUAACUGCCACCAAUGCAUGUGGUCCUUCAGAAGCUGGUGGAAAGCACCAUCACACUCACCUAGCGAUCUGGGACAAUUCUGUAGGGUGUGAUAUGGGUGGGGACUCACCCAGAAGAAGACUGUCUCCUUUUCUGAACACCUAACCAAACUGACACUUUGAUGUUCAUUUUAAAGCCCCUAGAGGGACUUCACAGUGAAAUAGCAGAACUUAAGAGGUUCUCUCUUCUACUUCUCUAUUGCCUUCAGCAUAUGCAAAGGAGAAAGCAAACCCUGGCUGGCAAUGCUGUUAUCUUUCCCAUGACCUCCCUCACUAAGCAAAGGCCUCUGUGUUUUCCCCUCUUUCCCAACCUGAAGGAAAAUAUCCCUUUGAGUGGAUCAUGCUGUCUUCCUUUGAAAAGAAAAGAUAAAAGCAAUUGGCCCCAUGCUUCAAAUGGAUGAGAUUAAUGACAUCAAUGAGCCGGAAUUUUGAAGCCUGUGUUAUCUAGGAUCUGGAUGUUUUAUUACCAAACAUGGGACUGGGAAGAUUUAUCAUGUUGUUGCCUUAUUAUUUUGUGAUGUUGCCCAGGGUGAAGAAAUUAGCUUGAUUUGGAGCCUUUGGCUUUGGGAUGGUAUAUCAAAAAUGGCAGACUUUGGGUGGGUGUGAACUUGCAGGAGAGUGCCUUUCCUGCCUUUGGGACAAAGGCUCUAUUGACUCUAUUCUUUACUGAGUAAUGUCAACUCCAAACCAAUCAGCUCAGCCUCUUUCCCAGAGCAGUGACCUGGUUGUCCUUGGACAUGAGUGCCUGGUGCCAUCUCCAUCUAUUUGAAAAGGAUGGUAGAUACCAGUCAUUGGCACUCAUUGCCACAGCGACACUCCCUCUGAAUCUGGGAGAGAGACAUGAAAAUGGGCUUGGGAAAUGUUUUGUGGGAAAGAAGUAGGGUAACCAGUGUAGCUACUUCCUUGAUAGCAGAGAGGAUGAAGAUUUUGAAAUGAGCACAAUUGGGAGCUCCACCCAAGCAGGUAGUUUGGUCUGGCUUUGGUCCAGCCCGUUCUGGAACACUGGACUGGACUGGAUCUUUUGGGAAACUGAAAGUUACUGGAAAAGAAAUGAAUUUAAAUGUAGACUUGGGGGGAGAUCAGAUGAUGAAGCAGAUGCACAUAUAAGACAUUUUCUCCUCUCGUUCUAAAACCUGCUUGUUUUGUUUCACAAGAAACCAGCACAUGCAUUAGUAGCAUCAAGGGGGAGGAGCCCAAAGAGCCAUACUCAACCUUUACAACAGAUUCUUGCCAUUGUGGCCAGUAAACCCAUCAGCCUCUUCCAACAUGAAUAACCUAAUUAGAAAUAACUUUCAAUGGUAAAUAGUUGGGGGUGGGAUGGGGAGAAUGGGGAUAAAAGAGUCAAGAUUUCCUAUAGCACUGGAAUAAUUGGGCUCCUUUAUGGAGUUGCGGGGCAAUGAGGGUUAAGUGACUUGCCCAGGGUCACACAGCUAGUAAGUGUCAAAUGUCUGAGGUCAGAUUUGAACUCAGGUCUUCCUGAAUCCAGGGCCGGUGCUUUAUCCACUGUGCCAACUAGCUGUCCCCUUAAAAUAUUUUUUUAAAAGACACCUUUGAAACCUGCCUACUCUUUUACUAGGUCACUUCUUUUGGGUGCAGUCUUUGUAAAAAGAACAAUGGGUCAGAUAACUUAUCUGAUCAAUUACAAGGACAAUCUAACAUAUCUACCUUCCAUGGAACCUAUUGAUCCCCCAUAAGUAGAUGAGCCUAAGAGGUCUAGAGCCCAGCUGGAAAACUGUAAAUGAGGACAAAUUUGGAACAAUGGGCACAAAGUGUAGGAUUGCUAGAGGGGUGUAGCCAAAGCAAAAACAAAACAGAAGGAUAAAAACUGAAAAUGUACAAAUUUGUAAAUAUUUUCCCCCUAAUAUAAUGCAAGGUAACUUUUAGGCUUUCAGUGCGUUCUAGAAUGAAAAAUAACCUCUGUCUCAACAUUAGAAUUGCCAUUGUAAACUAUUUUUUAAGCAGUAGCUGAAAAUACUGAAUUUACACUAACCCAUUUCAUGAAUAAUGUGAACAUGUAACUGAAAAGUACAUACUGUGUGUCAGCUGUGUGGAAAUAUACUGCCAAAUAAAUACAAAA